AUGGUGCUGUUAGACCAGCUUUGGGACGACGUCGUAGCCGGGCCUCAGCCCAAUCGUGGCCUUAAACACCUGAAGAAAGUGUUUGCCAAGCCAAAAGACGGAGAAGGUGGUAGCAAUUACCAAAGAUCUCUAUCGAUGCCAUCCGCUUCAGGGACACCAUCGGCACCUGGAACACCGACAACUCCGUCGCCAACUGCAACAGCACAGAGAGAUAAUGUGUGGAGGAGCGUUUUCAAUCCUGGGAGUAACCUUGCCACAAAGGGUAUAGGUAGUAAUUACUUUGACAAGCCACAACCCAAUUCUCCCACUGUUUAUGAUUGGCUUUACAGUGGGGACACAAGGAGCAAACAUCGUUGA